AUGUCGUCAGGAGCGAUGGUGAGCAGCGGCUGCUCGUCCCCCUGCGAGGUGUCCUGUCCCCAGCCCUACGCGGACGCCUGGAGCCAGCCCUGUGUCACCUCCUGCGGGGACUCGCGGGCCGUGGUCUACCCUCCGCCCGUGGUCAUCACCUUCCCGGGGCCCAUCCUCAGCUCCUGUCCCCAGGAGAGCAUCGUGGGCACCUCCUUCCCGUCGGGGGCCACGGGAUCUUCUGGGUCCGGGGGCGCCAUUGGGGGAUCCUACGGAGGGGGCAGCGGCUCCCUGGGGGGAAUUGGGGGAUCCUAUGGAGGCGGUUCCAUUGGUGGGUCCUAUGGAGGGAGCAGAUCCUUUGGCUCCGGGGGUUCCUACGGAGGGAGCAGAUCCUUUGGGGGCAGAAGAUCCUUUGGCUCCUCAGGCGGGGGCUUCGGGGGCUCCUGCGGUGGGGGCAGCUCCUUUGGGGGCGGCUCCUGUGGAGGGGGAUCCUACGGAGGGGGCAGCUCCAGGAGGUUUGGAGGAGGAAACUGUGGCUUCUUUUAUUUCUGA